CGCCUGGUGGUAUUACCAGUAUCAGAGAGAUAAGAUUGAAGACGAGUUGGAGAUGACCAUGGUUUGCCAUCGGCCUGAGGGACUGGAGCAGCUUGAGGCCCAGACCAACUUCACCAAGAGGGAGCUGCAAGUCCUUUAUCGAGGCUUCAAAAAUGAGUGCCCCAGUGGUAUGGUCAAUGAAGAAACAUUCAAGCAGAUCUACGCUCAGUUUUUCCCGCAUGGAGAUGCCAGCACGUAUGCCCAUUACCUCUUCCAUGCCUUCGACACCACGCAGACUGGCUCCGUGAAGUUCGAGGACUUUGUAACUGCUCUGUCAAUUUUACUGAGAGGAACCGUCCAUGAGAAACUAAGGUGGACAUUUAAUUUGUAUGACAUCAAUAAAGAUGGAUACAUAAACAAAGAGGAGAUGAUGGACAUUGUCAAAGCCAUCUAUGACAUGAUGGGGAAAUACACGUAUCCUGUGCUUAAAGAAGACACUCCAAGGCAGCACGUGGAUGUCUUCUUCCAGAAAAUGGACAAAAAUAAAGAUGGCAUCGUGACUUUAGACGAAUUUCUUGAAUCCUGUCAGGAGGAUGACAACAUCAUGAGGUCCCUCCAGCUGUUCCAAAAUGUCAUGUAACUGUGAACACAGCCAUUCGGCUCUCAGAGACGUUACUAAACAACCAACUUAACACCUUGAUCGGCCCUCCUUCUGAUUUUACACACAGACUCUUGGGACAGAAACACAUUUUGCACUUUGGAAGAAUUCUCUGCAAAGACAUUUUGUGGAACCCAGGAUCACGUGGCUCAGUCUCUGAUUGCCAGCUCUUCCUCCUCCCUCUUCUUGAGAGAGACAAGAUGAAAUCGGGUUUGUUUUGGAAGCAUGCUCAUCUCUUCGUACUGCUGCCCUAUGGAAGGUCCCUCUGCUUGAGCUUAAACAGUAGUGCACAUUUUUCUGCUUGCGUGCCCCAGGCUACUGCCUCCAAGUCCAGCAGACCUUGAUGCAUCUGGAAGCAAGAUGACCUGAGAGCCAAAUGCACAUCAGCUUCUGAUGGUCUCCCAAACCAAUGUGCCUGUUUCUCUUUCUUUGGUGGGAAGAAUGAGGAUUAUACAGAACAAUUAGAAUCUACUAUGACUAGAUUGGGAGAGCCAGCACCUAACGUAUGUAGGAUAGGACUGAAUUAUUAAGCAUGGCAUUGUCUGAUGACCCAAACUGUACAUGUCCUUUGUUUCCAGAGGCAAGGACAAUAAUGCUCUCUCAUAUUAGCAUCUAUGCUGGUGGUACAAGUCCCUUAACAUGCACAGGAAGGGAGCCAAUGCCCAGUGGCCCAUGCCUCCACUCCAUCUCCUGCUAGAGCCCAGCACUGCAUGACCCUCCCAGAAAGCCCAGGAUGCCUGCAAAUUGCUGUAAUUUUAUACCAUCUUCUAAUCAAUAAACAGAACUGUUUCUUACACUCU